AUGACUAUGAACCCCUAUAUUAGUUGGGCGAUCUUGCUCGUCGUGGCAGGUGGCCUCGGCUGGUACUACACCAAUGGCACAACCCCCAAGGCCAACGUGAUUCGAGCUGCCGUCGAGAAGACCGAGGCCACUGUAGCGCCCAAGAAGUCAAAGCGCAAGUCUAAGCCUGCUCCCGAGCCGGCUGCCGCCAAAAAGUCCGAGGUGAAGACCGUCGUGUCGUCCCCCACCACCGAGGAUGACAAACCGGACGAGGAAAUCGACCGCAAGGAGAUGGCCCGCCGCAUGGCCGGCCUGAAGACCAACGGUCCUGCUCAGCCCGCUCCCGCCAAGCCCGCUCCCACAAAGAGUCAGAAGAAGAACAAGAAGAAGGCUGCACACGCCAGCGACACCCGUGCCUCCUCGACCACUGGCGCUGAGGCUGACGACGAUCUAUCUUCCGCCGGGUCGCCCCAGGUGAAUGCCACUGUUCCCUCGGCCGGAUAUGUUUCCGACAUGCUGGAGGCCCCCGCCCCCGGUGCAUCUGUGCUCCGCGUUACUGGCAAUGUGGAGAACCAGCCUAAGAAGCAGAAGGUUCAGACCUUCAAGGAGGUGGAGACCAAGAAACAGCGCCAGCAGCGUCUCAAGAACGAGGCCCGCAAGCAACAAGUUUUGGAGGCUGAAGCUGAACGCAAGAAGCUGCUUGAGAAGCAGUUGCACACUGCUCGCGAGUCGGAGCGCCGCGAGGCUGCCCGAUCAUCUACACCCGCUGCCAACGCUUGGCAGACCAAGGAAAACAUUGCCCCAGUGAAGACCAACGGGGUCAAUGGCGGAUCCCGCCCCGCUCCCGCCGCUCCUGCCACUUCCGUCUCUCAGGGCCUUCUAGAUACUUUUGAGUCCCCUGCUGCUCCUACUAAGUGGGCUCAGAACCUUCCCUCUGAGGAGGAGCAGCUGCGCCUCUUGGGAGCUGCCAAAGGUGAUGACGAAUGGACCACCGUCUCUAAGAAGCAGCCCAAGAAGAAGGGCGCCAAGUCUGACGAGAGUGUCAGCGAGACCAGUGCCUCGGAGAAUCACUCCACCCUUGUUGCUCCUGCCCCUAUUGAGCCGCGCGUGACGGUGACCCCAACCUACCUCCCCGACAUCUUGCGCUCGCGCGAGAAGGGCCACCCACUGGACUCUGACUGGGCUGCGUGA